UCCAAUGCCUAAAUUGGGAAGGCGAGGUUCACUCUAUGAGAUAAACAUAAGGGCUCAAGCUCAACCCUAAGCAGACUAUUCCUUCAUCCAGAUUCUCUAGCAUUGCUCGACAUGAAAGCCAUGAAGAUACUAGUCUUCUUCUUGCUCUGCUGCCUCUCCUCGGAGUCUGUUUUGUCCGCUCGUUAUGAGGCGAUCUUCAACUUCGGUGACUCUCUGAGCGACACGGGAAACUUCCUCCGUUCUGGGGCACUCGCGUUUCCGGUCAUCGGGAAGCUCCCUUAUGGCCAGACUUUCUUCCGCCACGCGACCGGUCGAUGCUCAGACGGACGCCUUAUUGUCGAUUUCAUAGCUGAAGCAUUUGGACUGCCUCAUCUUCCACCAUAUCUAGCUGUAGCCAAAGGUCCACAUGUCCGUGCCGGAGUGAACUUCGCAGUUGCCGGUGCCACAGCACUCGACUCGUCUUUCUUCUAUGCUCAAAAGAUUGGGCCACUGUUGUGGACCAACGACUCGUUGAGUGUUCAGCUUCGCUGGUUCAGGAACUUGAAGUCUUCUCUCUGCACCACCAAACAUGAAUGUGAAGAGUACUUUAAGAAGUCUCUGUUUCUGGUGGGGGAGAUUGGUGGCAAUGACUACAACUAUCCCUCUUUUGUCGGUGGAAGCAUUAAACAGCUGCAUGCUUUGGUACCGCCAGUGGUUGGAGCCAUCACUCGUGCCGUCAGCAUGUUGAUAGAAGAAGGGGCUGUGGAUCUCGUGGUGCCGGGAAACUUGCCGGUAGGCUGCUCCGCGGUGUAUCUAACUUUGUUUCGCAACCCCGAUAGGUCGGCUUAUGACCCGAGAACCGGAUGUCUUAGGGCUUAUAAUGCUUUUGCCAAGUAUCACAAUAACUACCUUAAGCAAGAACUGCAAAAUUUGAGAGAACAAUACCCUCAUGCAAGAAUCAUGUACGCUGAUUAUUACAGCGCCUCCAAGUCUAUCUAUCAUACUCCCAAGCACUACGGCUUUUAUGGAGGGACACUGAGGGCCUGUUGUGGAGGAGGUGGUCCGUACAACUUCAAUAAUUCAGCGAGGUGCGGUCACACCGGCUCGACCGCUUGCAGAGAUCCGUCGGCUUUCGUCAAUUGGGACGGGAUUCACUUGACCGAGUCCGCUUAUCAUCACAUCGCCAAAGGGUUGAUCUACGGCGGCUUCACAUCUCCGCCACUCCUAACUUAAUUUAACUGUUUACAUCACAACCCUUUUUACGAACGAGGAUGGUAAACUGAAUGUUUUGUUUAUGGAGCCUCAUACUUUGCCUUUUUGGUCUCGUUCUUUCGAGCCUUAGGGUUUGGAUUGAGAAUUGGAGUGCUACAAUAAAGUGUGACGAUCUAAUUGAAUAGUU